GUUCACAGAGAAAGGACGAUACUAUUUGGGCGGUGCUGUUGGGGUUCGUCGCAAUGCAAUAACAUUCAAUAUGGAGUACAUAGUUAUGUGAUUCUUAUAUUUCGGCUACUACAAAUAGAUAAGUAUCCAUUAACUGUCUAGUCAUUCCAUCAUUUAGUGAAUCUGUUUCGGAAUUAUUUAGAGUGCGUAGGCUAUGUAUUUGAUGUUCAUAAAUUCAUGCAUUGUUACAUGAGAGGCAAUAGCAAUUUGGUGCGGUGACAGUUAAACUGUUGUAACAUUUAGAUACGUAUUAAUGUAGCAAUAUUUCAAAUGAUAAAUGUUAUCCUUGCAACGAACUCAACAGCGUGUGGUGGCGAUUCUAAUUUGUAUACAAGCCUGGUAGUGGCUAAAGCGCUAUUGAACGUUUUGAAGAAUACUCGGUUACUAGGUGAAAGGUUAGGGACAUCGCUCUCAAAUAGUUCGUCGUCGGGUCGUGUAUGAUCAUAGGAUGCGCAAUGCAGCGAGUGCCUCUUUUUCUCUGGGAUCGCUGGGUCUGCUGCGUCUCUUCGGGGUCCCCUGGUCCUGGAGCUUAGCAGCAGGCUUCGGGGUCUUUCUGGGCACAGGUGGUUGGAAGUACCUCUACAUCGUAGUCCGUACUGCCAAAAGAGACCUAAAUGGCCUUUACGUGUUGUUACGAGUCAAGAUAGCCUUGUGGCACCACCUACGGCGCAACAGCAAUAUCCCCUCCAUCUUUGCCCAGACGGUGAAGCAGCACCCAAAUAAACCCGCCCUCAUCUACGAUGCCACAGGAGAGACGUGGACCUUCACCCAGCUGGACCUGCUGUCUAACGCUGUGGCCCAAUGGGCUCUGGCCCAGGGCUGGGCCCCGGGGGAUGUGGUGGCCCUCUUCAUGGAGAGCCGGCCUUUGCAGGUGGCCCUCUGGCUGGGUUUGGCCAAGGUGGGGGUGGAGGCAGCACUCAUCAACUUCAACCUGCGGAGGGAUGCUCUCCUGCACUGUGUUGGAGUGUCUGUGUCCAGAGGGAUCGUGUUCGGAGCCGAGCUGGCUGGUGCCAUGUUGGAGGUGAGCUCAUCCCUGAGCCCGUCGAUGGUGCGGUUUUGUACAGGAGAGCUCAGUGUAGACUGUCUUGCCUCCCUGGCUGCCCAGAAUCUGGACUAUAUCCUGGCCUCUGCCCCUACACUGCCCCCUCCUCCCUGCAUCCCACCCAAGAGCUUCAAUGAUCGUCUGUUCUAUAUAUACACCUCAGGCACCACAGGACUCCCGAAAGCUGCCAUAGUGGUGCACAGUCGGUAUUACCGUAUUGCUGCUUUUGGCUACCAUGCUUUCCGCAUGCGCCAGGAUGACAUCAUCUACGACUGCCUUCCCCUCUACCACUCUGCAGGUAAUAUCAUGGGUGUAGGCCAGUGUCUCAUCAAUGGACUCACUGUGGUGGUGAAGAAGAAAUUCUCAGCCAGUCGCUUCUGGGAAGAUUGCAUCAAGCACAACUGCACUGUGGUGCAGUACAUAGGGGAGAUCUGUCGCUACCUGCUGUCCCAGCCGGUGCGGCCAUCUGAGAAGGGUCACCGGGUUCGCCUGGCGGUGGGGAAUGGGCUGCGCCCUAGCGUCUGGGAGGCCUUCACCGAGCGCUUUGGGGUGGCCCAGGUUGGGGAGUUCUACGGAGCCACCGAAUGCAACUGUAGCAUCGCCAACAUGGACGGCAAGGUGGGAGCUUGUGGGUUCAACAGCCGCAUCCUGCCCAAUGUGUACCCAAUCUGCCUCAUGAAAGUGGAUGAGGAGACCACAGAGCUGGUGAGGGACAGGCACGGCCUGUGUGUGCCCUGCCGUCCUGGGGAGCCAGGGCUGCUGGUGGGAAGGAUCAACCAACAGGACCCGCUACGGAGGUUUGAUGGCUACGCCAACCAGGAUGCCACCAGGAAGAAGAUUGCCAACAACGUCUUCAAGAAAAAUGACUCAGCAUAUCUGUCAGGGGAUGUGUUGGUGAUGGAUGAGCUGGGCUACAUGUACUUCCGGGACCGCAGUGGAGACACGUUCCGCUGGAGAGGAGAGAACGUCUCCACCACCGAGGUAGAGGGAACACUGAGUGGUCUGCUGGGCCAGGCCGAUGUGGCUGUGUAUGGGGUAGCUGUACCAGAUGUGGAAGGGAAGGCAGGGAUGGCUGCCAUUGCAGACCCAACAGGGACAUUUGACUGUGAUGCGUUCCUGCGAGUGGUCCAACAGGCCCUUCCCCCUUACGCCCGUCCCGUGUUCCUACGCAUCUCCCCACAAGUAGACACCACAGGUACCUUUAAAAUCCAGAAGACCCGGUUGCAGAGGGAGGGAUACGAUCCGCGCUUAUCAACCGACCAGAUUUACUUUUUGAACUCCAGAGCAGGGCGUUAUGAGGCUGUGAAUGAGGAGCUACACAGUGCUAUAGUGGAGGGUAGAAUGGCUCUAUGAGAUGAUGGACUAUUUUAAGCUGGGUUUACACAACACGUUUAUGAGGCUGCUUUGAGCCACAGCUUGUUGUAGCUACAUUAAAUCUAAUCACAUAACUGUUUUCGCGAGACACGGUGGUAUGGACAAUCCUCACGACCAAGUGAGGAAUCUUGUAGUGUGUGACCCCUGUCUGUGCCACAUGGUUUAGUGUGUGAGCCCUGUCUGUGCCGCAUGGUUUAGUGUGUGAGCCCUGUCUGUGCCACAUGGUUUAGUGUGUGAGCCCUGUCUGUGCCACAUGGUUUAGUGUGUGAGCCCUGUCUGUGCCACAUGGUUUAGUGUGUGAGCCCUGUCUGUGCCACAUGGUUUAGUGUGUGAGCCCUGUCUGUGCCACAUGGUUUAGUGUGUGAGCCCUGUCUGUGCCACAUGGUUUAGUGUGUGAGCCCUGUCUGUGCCACAUGGUUUAGUGUGUGAGCCCUGUCUGUGCCACAUGGUUUAGUGUGUGAGCCCUGUCUGUGCCACAUGGUUUAGUGUGUGAGCCCUGUCUGUGCCACAUGGUUUAGUGUGUGAGCCCUGUCUGUGCCACAUGGUUUAGUGUGUGAGCCCUGUCUGUGCCACAUGGUUUAGUGUGUGAGCCCUGUCUGUGCCACAUGGUUUAGUGUGUGAGCCCUGUCUGUGCCACAUGGUUUAGUGUGUGAGCCCUGUCUGUGCCACAUGGUUUAGUGUGUGAGCCCUGUCUGUGCCACAUGGUUUAGUGUGUGAGCCCUGUCUGUGCCACAUGGUUUAGUGUGUGAGCCCUGUCUGUGCCACAUGGUUUAGUGUGUGAGCCCUGUCUGUGCCACAUGGUUUAGUGUGUGAGCCCUGUCUGUGCCACAUGGUUUAGUGUGUGAGCCCUGUCUGUGCCACAUGGUUUAGUGUGUGAGCCCUGUCUGUGCCACAUGGUUUAGUGUGUGAGCCCUGUCUGUGCCACAUGGUUUAGUGUGUGAGCCCUGUCUGUGCCACAUGGUUUAGUGUGUGAGCCCGGUCUGUGCCACAUGGUUUAGUGUGUGAGCCCGGUCUGUGCCACAUGGUUUAGUGUGUGACCCCUGUCUGUGCCACAUGGUUUAGUGUGUGAGCCCUGUCUGUGCCACAUGGUUUAGUGUGUGAGCCCGGUCUGUGCCACAUGGUUUAGUGUGUGAGCCCGGUCUGUGCCACAUGGUUUAGUGUGUGAGCCCGGUCUGUGCCACAUGGUUUAGUGUGUGAGCCCUGUCUGUGCCACAUGGUUUAGUGUGUGAGCCUGGUCUGUGCCACAUGGUUUAGUGUGUGAGCCCGGUCUGUGCCACAUGGUUUAGUGUGUGAGCCCUGUCUGUGCCACAUGGUUUAGUGUGGCACCACUACGUUUGCAAGACAACAAAAUACUACAGGAAAGACAGUCGUUUAGUGCGAGAGGCUCAGCCAUGUUAGGAUCAUGAAAGUCAUGUAGUGCACACCGGCUUUAGGAAAGUGACUGUCAAGGUGUCAGAUACUGGAGACUGUGAUAUGCUGGAGUGGAAAAGCCUUAUCAUGCCUUUAUAAUGCAUUGUAAGACUUGUCAUAAGCAUGCAUGACCCCAUAUAAUGUCUUAUCAACUCAUAAUGAUCCUGUCUAAACAUCCAGCAAUUUUUUGUCAGUUGAUAUUUUCAUACGUUGUGAAAAAUAACAUAGUAUUAUAAAGGCUCAUCUGUGCUUAGAACACGUUAUAAAGCAGUACACCUGCAGGCUUUAAGUAGUGUUAUUACUGAAGUCUCCAUGUAUUAGUGUUUCUCCAUGGAUCUAGUCUAGAUCAGGGGACUGAAGGGCUACUGAUCAAUCAAUAGGGAAACCUUACUGUUCCAAAACCAUGUGUUAACACUAUCAAUAACGUACAAGGACAAGGUUGGAUGAGGGCUUUUUCCCCCUUCAUUUGUGUUGUUUCUUAGUUUAGCCAAAUGAAAACGUUCAAGCCUUCAACACUACAAUGCACAUAGAGUAUAGCAAGUUUUCACAUGAAACCAGGAUGUCUGUUACAAUGACAGCAUUUGUCUGUUUGUUACAAUGAGAGUGUAAAGGAAAUGAGAGCUGGGACUGAAUAUACCACAGUCGUUGAGAUACCAGUCUCUUGAAGAUUGUGUUCCAGGCUAUUUGCUCCCAACCUUGUAAUAGUAGUGUGCCACCAUGUAAAUAACAAAAUACUGAACAGGUUUUUAGCAAUACUUGAGUGUCCAUGUUGGAUGAGGUGUUGCUACCUGUGUGUUAAUAGUAUGAUAGAACAUGCCACAGCUGAACAUGCCUCUUAUUCCGAACACUAACUGUAGGAGUUUCGAUUGCGAGAUUACAUUUUUUAAAUGUAAAACUAAACCUGAUUACGUAACAUGUUUGAAGUAAUGGAUGAUAUGCACUGACUGACCACUCAGGUUCACACACAUUGAUAUUAUGUGCCUUGUGGGAACCCUGUGGAAGCCCUGUGUGUCCUGGAACUAUUGGGGUUUUAUGCUUAACCUGACUAGGGAACUCCAAUGCAUAAGAAAGAACAUUAUUUAAACAAUAUCUUCACAAUCUGUCAAUUAGUCAGCGAUCAUGGUUGCCCUAUCAUUAUGUAAUAAAGCUAUUUCUCAGAGUAAUAUUGUAGAUAGAAUUGAUUGUGAACAUUAUUCUAGGUCUCCAUUUUCAUACAUUUGUUUAGGUGUAACUCAAAAUAAAGGUUUGUAAAAGACA